AUGAGACAGAAAAAUACGUCUUCCACAACCUUCUUCUCGACCAAUCUGAGCCCUACAGAACUGGAACGGACCGAAAUCCCCGGCUGUGAGUUGAACAAGGUUGGACACUACUACCACCUGAUGUAUGACCAGACCCACGUGGAUAACACCAUGCGCAACCAGGCCAUACAGAGUGCCCUGGAGAACCUUGGAGAGCAGGAACCUCACCGAUUGGUCAGUGGAGACACCCAAGCAUCUUCCGCAGGUGAAGCGAAGACGAUCAGUAGCAUCUUCGCCUCGACAACGAUAAUCUGUACGCCGCCCUCGCCUUGUAAGGCGGUGGUUGGGACUUCGGAUGGAGCUGACGAUGAGUUGAAGAAUGGACUUGAGGAUUCUAAGACGGGUGGUGAGGAGGAGGAGAGAUUGACAGAUGCAAUGAGGGAGGCGGACAAAACAAAGGAUGGAGAAGAUAACGUCUCAGGGAGCAGUGACAGCUCCAUCCAGGUGUUGGCAGAGGAGCACGAUUCCGACGAUCAAGGACAUCAAGAUGAUGAUGCUGCUCCUGAAAACGUGGACUUACAGCAAGGUGGCAAAGAUGAGGUUGACUUGGGUAGUGAGCAGAGCCCAUCUGAUGACCCCAGAGGGGCGGAGUUACAGGUCGCUGAGGAGGCAGAUGAAGGAGAGGACAGCAGUCAACUUCGGCGCAAUUCAACGAGCUUUGUUGUCCUGUCGCGUGCCAGCAGCUCCCACUCUGACACCCAUCAAGUCCCAGAGACGAGCCACUCUGACUCGGACCUAGCUACGGCUGCCAGGGAAUACCUGCAGGCUGUCCAAACCAAGGAUAGCCGUAGCCACAGCUCGACCUCCAGCGCCAGCACCACGACCCUGACCCACAAGUCGGACUCUGGUACGAUGCUCGUCGAGGACGACCCCAGCCAUGGAGCCGCAGAUACUCAAGACAGACCUCGUGCCAGCUCUGACUCGGCCGGAACCACAGGUGAUGAUGAUCAUCAACCUUCCGUACGUCAGCCAGACAUAGCCAUGCUGAAUCCUCUUGAGAGGAAGUCAAGUCAGAGCUCCGAGACUGACCUUACUCCUCUGGUUGGAAGAAGGCCCUUCUCCCUGAUUUCUGCAGCUUCCAGUGGUCCCCCUAGCUCUCAGAUCAGCUACACAGGCAGCCUAAAUGACAACGAUGAAGAAGGAUACGAGGGAGGUUCCAGUGACUUGGAGCUGGAUGACUCCCAGGAGUUGCUAGCCGAGCAGACCAGGCGACGGCAGCUCAUGCCUGACUUCUGGCUCAUCCUACGCAUACACACCGACCGUGUGGAGAUAUUCUUCCAUUCCAGGGAUCGAGGAGAAUCUAACAGUGGAGGCGGUGAGCAGCUGUACUUGCAAGUCACCGAUACAAUCAGGAAUACAUGCAGAACGGUCAACCAGCGGUUGCUGCUUCAAGAUUUGUACAAGACCCACUCCUGUAAGUCCAUCCUGUUUGGGGAGAGUGAUGAAGACGCCUGGCAGAGUGAAGAUCCCAUCCGCUCCAGGAUUGAUAAACCAUCGCUGGAUGACGACGAUGAUGAUUUUGACCAAGCUAAGAUGGACUACCUGGCAGCUGCCAUGGACUUCAACCCAGGCCACUUUGCCUGCGAUCAGAUGUGGCACACCCAUCUCAACAUCCACGCCAGGCUGUACACAGGACACAGGGGAGGCUCUGCCUCACCGGGCAUGCAGGCACUGAUCUCAGCUCUGAGUACCUUCUCUGUCUCCAACCGUCGCAAUAUGUUUGUGUUCAGAGAGACGUCGGGAGCCGUGUUUUAUCUCAGGCUAUUUGAGAGCACAAUAGUCAGUCACUCGUCCAACCCUUCCAGGGUUAGCUCAAUUGCCGACACGGGGCACCAUAACGAGCCUGGCUCCCAACCAAUGAGCCGUGCCACGUCCGUGCAGUCACUCAACACGCUGGGGAUGGGGUCCGUCUUUGAGGAGGAGUUCUCAUCCGCCCAAGGGCACGGAUUUGACAUGCGCAAAGUCAGCACUGUGGACUCGGGCCUGGACACCAUGUCCACGCUGUCCCGAGCGGCCGGACCGGGCCGGACCGAGCACACCAUCAGACUGGACGUUCACGGGGUGGACCCGCCGGGGCCCGAGAUCAGAGAGGAUCUGGUGGAGUUGUUGAGGAACCGAUUGGCCGAGGCUACCUUAGACGUGAUAUCCGUCAUGCUGGAUAGGAACCCGAUGUGCAAACUCACACCUACUGAUGUUCAGUUCAUCCAGCCCCUGGUCAAACCCCCUACCGAGACCCUCCACUUCACCAUCCCCCAGUCGGCCCGGCCACAUCUCUUCUCCCUGUCAUUCUACCUGGGCCAGAACCUGCGUCAGUUCCUGCACAUGCCCAAGUACAGCAGCACCAAGCCUGAGGGUCAUUUCCUGGACUACGUUGCCAGCGGCGGCGUCACCGAUAAAGACAAGGGGAUUGAGCUGCCUGACAACGAGGCUUAUCUGUAUAACAGACCGGAGAGGGCCGGACGCACAGGUAUUGGCAUUGCCUGUAUAUCCAUGGGGUUAGUGGAUGGUCGCGGCAAUCCUGUAUCCCUCCAUAGCUGCCCUCGGCCGUCCCCCGUAGCACACAUGGAGCUCCUGGAUACAUUUGAUUUCAUUCCCUGGACACAGACGGAGAGGUACUACACGGGCUCCGAAUCAUCACGGAAACCAGGCCCCACUGCCCUCAUUCAGUUUGCUAUCUGGCAGAGAGGCAACAUCGACUUGCCCCAGCUCACCAACCGUCUCAUGAGGGCAGUACAGCACAGCCUGUGUGACGUCGUCAUGGAGUAUUGCGUCCUGACUGCCCCUAUGGGGAUUCUGCCUCAGCAUGAGCUCCUCAGCUUGACGCCGUACUCUUCCCCGACCAAAGACGGAGAAAGAGGAGCCGGUGGUUCACAAGCAGACAUGGCCCCUUCAAAGGGAAUCCGACAGUUAUUCAAAGAUAAUGAGGACAAGACCAAGGACGUUGAGAGAUCAUCUCCAGUUAGCGUCAAGCGCUCGUUGUCCAUGGGGGAAACACCCAUGUACUUCGCCAGCGACAUUAGACAAUUCAUGAGGCGAAUGCAAAAGCAACACCCAAAGUCUGCCAAUAUUCCGCCGCUGCACUCAGCUUCAUCUCAAAGCCAAAGUCAUAGCCAUGGAAAGUUGUCAGACUCCUUUUCUCCACCUGCUAUCAAGAAAUGGCUUCAGAGGGUUUCGCCAGGCCCCACACCAGAAAGCCCCUUUACCGGUUUCUUCUCUUUUUGGUCCUCGCACCAGCGAUCUCAGUCAAUGUCGUCUAGCAUCACCAACACGGAAGGCGGGUCUCGCAUGCGGAAGCAGCGCAGUCUGGAACAGAAGGAGGAGAAGAGUUGCUCCUCAGGAUCUCAGCCCUCCACCCCAGUCAGAAUCAAGAACAAGGAACCAAGUCCUAAGACCAAGGAGAGUGGUCACAUGACCAAGGACAUGCCCGGUUGGCAGGCCCAGGAGCUGGAGCGUCGUCAAGAUGAAGCAAUGAGACAGCGCCAGCGGGAUGCAGAGGAGGGGAAAGUGGGAGUCCUGCAUCCAUUCUUCAGGAGCGUUGGGUUCACCUGGAUGGACUUUGAACACAGCCUUGAUGUCCCAACCGUUCAGAAGCUAACCGAGGAACUCUCCAGUCGUUUCUCCCUGGGGCAGGUCAUUAACGAGCUACUGGCCAAGCUGCCUACCAUAUGCGCUGAUCUGACGACCAAAGUUUACAAGGACGACGGAAACGAUUAUCAGUUGUGGGGCAGUGCAGGUCCUAAGGUGGGUACAAUAGGUUGCGAUCGUGUGGCGUCAAAGUACCAUGAAAGCAAGUCCCAAGAAAAACUCACGCACGAUCAAGCGUCAUCCGCCAAACCCAGCUACAAAAAACUGUUGCCAGGGACAUCGGAGAACUACUUCCUGAUUGGUCGCAACAUCCACCAAUGGCGUUACAGCUUAGACAGCCCUUCGCCGGAAGAUCUGGUAGAGGUGCCGUCAUUGGUCAACCCAUCCUCACGUAAGAGCUAUCAGCGGUUAAAGCCCCUGGACCUGAACAGCUACGGCUCUUCUGAGAAGCUGAGCGAGCGGGAUUCGAACCCCCUGACCAGCCUGAUGGGGCGAUCACAGGGCCUGCACCUGACGCCGAGGCAGCGAUUGCUGCUCAUGCAAGUCAAUGACAAAAAGAUUACACUGUUUGUGUACAACUGGUCCAGCGAGCUGACAGACAGCCUGAAGAACCUGCUCCAUCGGUUGGUCAUGUGGCACAACUCUCGCUCCCAUCUGCUGGACUGCCUGGUCAGCCAGAAGAUCGGGCUCUUCAAUCACACCUACUUUGGCAAAAAUAAGCUGAAAAACAAUCCGUUCUGUCGUUCCCUGGAGGAGAUUGAGUCUCUCGUCAAGUACACUGUCCCACCCCAGCGUGAUUUCUCCUCUCGGAUGCCCGUCACUGCCCCCAAGUCUUCCCGUCGUCUCCACCGCGGCCUGCCCCCCUUCGACGAGACACUGCGCAACACCAGGAUAAGGCGCCCUCUACAGAGGAGUCCAUACGGUGCGGCCAGGGAUACCAUUGUCAGGCAAGGGGCGCAGAUGCUGGAAGUUUGCGUCGUCACCAAAAAGGAAACUGAGAUGCUGAAGAAACUGGAGAAUCUCUAUGUAACCUGGCAGAAGAGGGGCACCCAGACGACUCAGCCCGUCUCUAGAGACACCCUAGACCUCCUCAAGGUGUCUUCCCGUAUGGUCCACUACUGUGCCACCCCUCUGCUCUUCAGUGCCAUCUGGCGCCAACUGGUCAUGAGUGACGGGCUGGACGAUGCCACGCCCUCCCCUCCGAUGGGCGGGACCGCGGCGGAGGAGGCGUGGCAUAUGGAUCUCCGGUCCUCAUUCCUGCAGCAGUACGUCCAGUGUCUGCAGAAGCUGGGACUAACACCGAUUGAGACCAAAGUGUCAUCACCUAGGCAGAUGAUAAAGACAAUGCGACAUAAAGACAGCAUCCGUGGCCAGAGUCCUGUUCACAGGAAAUCCUCCACAACCUCAGCUUCACAGCAUCUGCAGGUCACCUCGGCUGGUGGCAUUAUUCUCAUUGAACUGUCUUUCCAGCAUGCCUACUUCUGUGUGAAGAUCUUUGCCUUUGAGAGUUCCCGAGUUCCAGCUGGGGAGGACAUUAACCAGCAGCUGGCCAUGUUGUUCACGGAUGACUGCGACCAGUACAAAGACUUGAUCCAUCUGCACUCCUUCGCCCAUGAUUUCCAUCUGCGCACCAUCCAGUCUUACUUCCAUCGGCCGCAGAUGGGCUUCAAGUCUCGCUAUCACGUCACCAGCUUCCUGACAGACUUUGUCAAGUAUUACACUCCCAGGCCCAAGUUCUGCCGCAACCACAUACAUGAAGAGCGGCAAGGUUUCCUGAGCCACAACACCCCAGCGCCGCCGCUGUACCAAUACCUAAUGGAGCACCAUCCCCCUAACAUGAAGCGUCUGACCAUGGCCAAGGCGCCGACCGUCAGCCCGCCGGCCAGCCCGCAGGAAGGCAAUGCCCCUGAGAGUGAGGAAGAGGAAUAUGCCAUCGUCAGUCAUCAGCAGGAAUUUAGAAUCUUCAAAGAUAACAAAGGGAACCGAAUCCACGACGAGUUUGACCGCAGUCUGGUCAUCUGCUGGAACAAAACCGAGUACCGGAGCGCGACGCGGCCCAACUCCCCCACCCCUACGACUCCUGAUCCUGCUAGCCCGGCGCCUUACCAUGAUGCCCCUGCCCCCAUCGCGGAUGCCAAUCCUAACCUGCUUAAUCUCUGCUUCUACGUGAUUGUGACCAGCAAGCGAGAGCUGUACCCAAUCCAGCAGGGGUGGCGGAGGAAGUCAUCCAUGUAUAACAUAGCGGAGCUGGGGAACCCACCGAGCGAGAACACACUCAGUUUCAUGCUCUUGAAGGAGGAGGUCCAACGAGCCAAGGAAAGGAUCAUCACCACGGUGCGCCAGGCCGCCAACAACUGCCGACGGGAUACGCUGUGGAGCCAGCUACUGCAGGGGGAGACCAUCGAUGAGGGCGGGGCUAGCAGCUCAACCGGGGGGAGGAAGACGAAGAAGAAAGAUGGGGAGGAAAUGAAAGAGGUGAGUUUUAAUACGUCUUAA